AGACGCAUCGCUGAUCUACGUGAUCCUAACCAACGAGAUGAUUUACUAGCUUGUAAGGGAAUACUAAAGACAUCUUGUCCACUAGUGUUUGCAACAACUAAGGCCUUUGUACGCCAUCCAGAAAACGACGAGUCACGACAGAAUCGUGAUUAUGCCCAUGGGGAAGUUCUAGCAGCGUUAAAUGCCAUGGAUGCUAUUUUGCGAGGCGAAAAGGCUGAUAUGUCGUUCACUGCUCAAGGGCGAUUAGGUCAUCUUAUUAGUGAACUUGAUCAGUUCCAAAACAGAGUCUAUCUUGAACCUGGUACAUAUAAAGCCCAUAUUCACCGCCCGGAGCUGGAAGAACUGCUUGAACGAAUUGUCAGCGGUUCAGCGGCUAUUGCAGAUUCAGGUAGCAAUCUUGUGUAG